UAGUGCUGUAGUUCAAUUGAGCCGUGCAUCUGAAUUUGGUAGUUUGUGUGAUUAUUGUACGUUACGAACGUGUACGAGUUGGGUUGCCGUGGUUUCGUGUUAUGUGAAUUUGAUUGUUAAAAAACAACCUGUUAAGCGUUCGCGACUGUGAACGAAAUGAUAGUAGUGAUAAGAAAUACUGAUAAAGUGAUAACGGUACUAUAAAAGGCUGUGAAUUUUCUAACACAAGUUUACAUGGAAUGUAUAUAAACAAACCCACCUUCACGCGGGAGUUGAUUACAAUAAUAUCACAGAAAAAAGACUGUUGGCAUGAAACUCGAAAAGGAAUUAGUGAUAGUUUUAUUGACAGCCGUUUGCAAUGCGGUAGCCCAAAAUAUCCAAAUUUAUGACAAUCCUUUUGAUCCCAACAACAACCAAUAUGAUCCGAAUAAUUCCAACAGAUUCGAUCCAGAUAAUCCAAACAGAUUUGAUCCCAAUAAUCCAAAUAGAUUUGAUCCCAACAACCCAAACAGAUAUGAUCCAAACAACCCAAACAGGUUCGAUUCGAAUAACCCCAGUAGAUACGAUCCGAUCAAUCCCAACAGUUACGACCCAAAUAACCCUGACAGACUAGAUCCAAACAAUCCUAAUAGGUUUGACCAAAACAACCCCAAUAGAUUUGACCCAAACAACCCCAAUCGGUACGACCCAAACAAUCCGAACAGGUAUGAUCCAAAUAAUCCCAAUAGGUACGAUGUAAAUUUCCCAAACAGAUACGAUACCAACAGAUUUAAUCCAAAUACUCCUAAUCAAUAUAAUCCUAACGAUCCUAAUGAGAAUCCUUUCGAUCCAAACCGAAAUCCUUCCUUUUCAACUAAUGACUAUGGAGGAUCUUCCAACCCAUUCACUUCGGAAUCCCCAUUCGGAAGACCAUCAUCCCCUAGGACUCCUUGGAGACAGAAUCCUUCUGACAGUGGUUUUGGGCGACAUCCAAUCGAUGAGCAUACCUCAAUUAUUCGUGAAGCAACAUAUUUUGUUGUUGCAUCUCGUAUAGUAAGACCUGGCCAGCUAUACAGGGUGUCUGUUCAAGUUUUUAGAACUCGUCAACCGUUAACAGUUAGAGCUUCUAUUCAAAGAAACGGAGUUGAAAUGUCUACCGAUCACAAAGAAAUAAAAGAAAACAUUCCCGAAACUCUUCUAAUGAGGGUACCACCAACCAGCGCCCCUGGUGAAUAUAAACUGAGGGUGGAAGGUCUCUAUAAUGAUAUAUUUGGUGGAGCUGCUUUUAUAAACGAAACUAAAUUAACAUUUUCCCAAAGAUAUAUGACGAUUUUUAUCCAAAUGGACAAACCUGUUUAUAUGCAAGGACAAACUGUGAGGUUCCGUGUAAUCCCAAUAAAUACCGAAUUAAAAGCGUUCAAUAAUGCUAUAGAUGUGUACAUGUUAGAUCCGAAAGGUCAUAUUAUGAAACGUUGGCUAUCCAGACAGUCAAAUUUGGGAACUGUUAGUUUGGAAUAUCAAUUAUCAGACCAACCAGUUUUUGGUAAAUGGAAAAUAAAAGUUGACGCCCAAGGACAGACGGAAGAAUCAACUUUCGACGUUGAAGAAUAUUAUCAGACAAGAUUUGAGGUGAAUGUUACCAUGCCCGCAUUUUUCUUCACAACUGACGAAUAUAUUCAUGGCAUUGUGAUGGCAAAUUAUACAAGUGGAGGUCCAGUUAGAGGAAAUUUAACCCUGAAGGCAACAGUAAGACCAAUAAACCCGAUUAGGAACUGGAGAACUGACACCUCCACCAGUACUCCUUAUAAUCUUGACGACAUUUCAAAAAGCAGACAGCAACAACAACAAGAUUACAUGAAUCCUAAUUAUAAUGUUGAAUAUAAUGAACCGCCAUUGCUUGAAAAGUACUUCAGUUUUGAUGAACAGUUGCCCUUUUGGAUAUCAAUGCCUUACAGAUAUUACGAACCAAUUCCUAUUUUAAAAUACUUCUAUGGGGUUUAUAAAUUUCAAUAUCCCUUGAGCGAAAUAUUACGCCAUAUACCAACACUAGAUGGAAUGGAAGUGGUCAUUACAGCCACUGUGGGUGAAAGGUAUUUAGAUGAAGUAAUCGAAGGUUACUCUGUAGCAAGAAUCUAUAAUUCAUCACUGAAACUCUCAUUUAUGGGUGGAUCUCCUCAAGUAUUCAAACCAGGAAUGCCUAUAUCAACAAAUAUAGUUGUCAAUUAUCAUGAUGGCUCUCCGCUUUCUGAAGAAAGAUUGUUACAAAGUACUAUGGAGGUUCAUUAUUCUGUUGAAAUGAGAGGCGGUGGUAGACGUGAUGGAGCUAUUCAACAAAUUCCAUUAAGUGACCGUAUGGGAAUUUGGCAAUACAACAUUGAUCUGAAGGGAGAUUUGGGACUAGAUGGACAGAGAUCUUCAGAAGAGUUAAACGAUAUGAGUGCUAUUAGGAUACAGGCUUAUUUUAGAGAUGCGCGGGGCGAAAGGGCUAACGCAGAAUUAUUGUUAGUUGCCCACGAAAGUCCUAGGAACAAACACAUCAAGAUUUCUACAAGUACCAGGACACCACAAGUUGGAGAAUACAUUAUAUUCCACAUUCGCAGUAAUUACUUUAUCGAGUACUUCAAUUACAUGAUAAUGUCGAAGGGUAUGGUCUUAUUGGCAGCCCAAGAAGAUAUGAAGUACAACGUCCAAACGAUGGCUGUAACACUAAGUGCAGAAAUGGCACCAGCUGCUACAGUUGUGGUUUGGCAUGUGGACAGGUAUGGAGACGUUACUGCUGAUAGCUUAACGUUCCCUGUCAAUGGAAUCAGUCGGAAUAAAUUUACUGUACUCAUAAACAACAAAAAAGCAAGAACAGGUCAUAAGGUGGAAGUAGCCAUCUAUGGUGAACCCGGCUCUUAUGUGGGAUUAUCUGGAAUCGAUUAUUCUUUCUUCAGCAUGCAGGCUGGAAACGAAUUAACAUAUUCACACGUUUUGAAGAAAAUGGCAACCUUCGACGAACAAACCAAUGGUACACAUCUUCACACUUGGAUUUCACACGAAGGAAACCCCGAGGAGUUUGUCUAUUUUCCGUCUUCCACUUACGGCAUUGACGCAAAUCGUACUUUUGAAUACGUUGGUCUCGUGGUUUUCAGUGAUGUUCAAGUACCUAGAAGACUGAGUUCGUGCAAUUAUACCCUUGGAUACGGCGAAUGUUUGACAGGACGAUGUUAUAGACUUGACAAGAAAUGUGAUGGAUUUUUGGAUUGUGAAGAUGGCACGGACGAAGUAGGCUGCGAAAGAGAUAAUGGUACCCAAAUCGCAAUGUUCCGAAAGAAUCGAUUUAACAGGAUCCAAAGAUUAUACGACAACGUUUGGUGUUGGAAAGAUGUUAAUAUAGGACCUCAUGGUCGAUAUAUAUUUAAUAUUCUGGUCCCUAGUCACCCAGUGCAUUGGAUGGUAUCUGCGUUUUCUAUGAGCCCAUCCCUUGGAUUUGGGAUGUUAAAUAGACCCUUAGAAUACAUGGGUGUGCUGCCGUUCUUUAUAAAUGUCGAAAUGCCCAAUGAAUGUAGACAAGGGGAACAAGUAGGCAUUCGAGUUACUGUUUUUAAUUACAUGCCCAAUGCCAUUGAAGCAACGGUUGUUUUGGCAGGAUCUCCCGAUUAUAAAUUCGUCCACGUUGAACAAAAUGGUGUUGUUAGGGCUUACAACCCAAGAACGUCAUUUGGAGAACAUCAAUUCUUUAUUUAUAUAAAGCAACAAGAUGCUGAAGUGGUCUAUCUUCCUAUUGUCCCAACAAGACUGGGUGAUAUUGAGGUAACUGUUUAUGCCUCUACACUUAUUGGAAAGGAUGAGGUUACCAGAAAGUUACAUGUUGAGGCUGAUGGUUUGCCACAAUACAGACACCAGUCGAUGUUACUUGAUUUGAGUAAUAGGGCUUAUGCCUUCCAAUAUAUGCACGUCAAUGUUACUGAAACGCCCAUAAUACCGUACGAAUUCGAUCGAUACUACGUCUAUGGAUCGAACAGGGCUCGAAUAUCAAUUGUAGGUGACGUAGUAGGUCCUAUUUUCCCCACCAUGCCUGUCAAUGCCACGUCAAUGUUGAAUUUACCAAUGGAUGCUGCAGACAUGAAUAUGUUUUCAUUUGCUGCAAAUAUGUACACAACCCUCUACAUGCGUUACACACAGCAGCGAAACAGAACUCUGGAACGCCUUGCCUUCUACUACAUGAACAUCGGUUACCAAAGACAGCUCUCUUUCAUGAAAGAAGACGGUUCGUUCGGUCUUUUCAGAAGCGAUUGGAAUCACUCGGCGUCGUCUGUGUGGUUAACAGCAUACUGCGCAAGGGUGUUCCAGGAAGCUAGUUUCUACGAGUGGGAAAAUUACAUUUACAUCGAUCCAAUUGUGAUAUCGAAGGCAAUGGACUGGGUACUUAGUCACCAAAACGAAUAUGGUUCUUUCUAUGAAACCACAUGGUCUCCUGACAGAAAAUACAACGAUACUCUCACGUGGUCAGACAGGGAUGAAAUACGACACCGUAAUAUCACACUUACAGCCCACGUUCUUAUCACCUUGGACUCUGUUAAAGAUCUUCAAAGUGGUUUGAGUUCAAAAGUAGCUAUAGCUGCUAAACGAGCCAUACAAUGGCUAGAACGUAAUCUAGACUUGCUUAAUAAACACGGUUCUCCCUUUGAAGUAGCCAUUGUGGCUUAUGCACUGAUGAAAAGCAAAGCACCCAAUGCUGAGACAGCUUUUAGUUUCCUAGCUCGUCACGGUCGUAUAGAAGGGGGUCUUAUGUAUUGGGGAAGAGAACCUGUACCCCAGCCACCUUACAAAACAGAAAAUCAAAAGCCAUUCAGACUGCCAAGACUGCCUUAUAAAUACGAUUCUGAAAAUAUCGAAGCUACUGCCUACGGUUUACUGGUUUAUGUGGCUAGACAAGAAAUAUUUGUUGAUUACAUCGUUAAUUGGUUGAAUACUCAGAGAUUAACGGAUGCUGGAUGGGCUUCAACUUCUGAUACUGCGACAGCUUUGAAAGCACUCAUUGAGUAUACGUCUGCGCAAAGGAUAAGAGACAUUUCUAGUUUGGCAGUUACGGUGGAAGCAACGUCCUUGCCAGGGCAGAGCAAUGUGCUUUAUGUUAAUGACAAAAAUAGGGGAAAAAUGCAAUAUAUUGACAUACCAAAUGCUUGGGGUACCGUCAAAGUACAAGCCAGAGGUGCGGGGUAUGCUAUACUGCAGAUGUCCGUACAGUACAAUGUUGAUAUUGCCAGAUUCCAAACGCAACCACCUGUCCCAUCUUUUGAUUUGUCUACAAGGGCUGAAUUUUAUGGCAGGAAUCAUUCUCAUGUUAAUUUCCUCAGUUGUCAGAAGUGGACGUAUUUGAAUGAGUCUGAGAGAUCAGGACUUGCAGUACUCGACGUUGCAGUACCCACUGGUUACAUUAUUCAGCAGCAGAAACUUGACGCCUAUGUUCUAUCAAGACAAGUUCGUAAUCUACAGAGGGCCAAGUUCUUGGAAAAGAAAGUGCUCUUCUAUUUCGACUAUUUGGAUAACGAAGAAAUUUGCAUAAAUUUGACAGUAGAACGUUGGUACCCAGUUGCGAAUAUGUCUCGAUUUUUACCAAUUAGAGUGUAUGAUUAUCACUCCCCCGAAAGGUACAACGAAAGCAUCUUUGACGCACUAACGACCUAUCUAUUAAAUAUUUGUGAAGUAUGUGGUAGUAGUCAAUGUCCUUACUGUUACAUUUAUAACAAAGCUACCGUUCUUUCGGUACCCAUUUUUACCAUUUUUUUCACUUCUUUCGUUCUUCUUGUACAACAUCUCAGGCUACAAGAAGGCGCUGUUAUUUAGAUAUUUACAAUACUCAUAAUGAAAUAGGUAAAUGAAUCUCAGAAAAACAAAAGCGUUUGUGCAGGGUAUAUGAACUAUGACGUAGUUAUUUUUUUCUGAAUUAUGUUUUUGCUCUUUUUGAUUAAUUAAAAACACCUUGUGCAUUUAGGAAGCUCUUCAACUUUUGGCCUUUUAAAAUUUGAUACGUUGACUCAAUGGGGUGAUAAAAUGAAAUAAGUUUAUUGUAAAAUCGUAUUACGUAAAGUACAAAGUUAAAUAUUACUAAUAGCAGUGCCUAAUAGGUUUAGAUUGUAAAAGAUUUUUGUAUAGAUACAAAAUGUAAUAAGAAAAGAAGUGUGGGAGGUAAGUCUCUCUUUUAUCCUAUUUUAUAAAAUGAUUAAAACGUGUAAAUUAAUGAUGUUUAUGUGAAAUGAAACAAAAUUUUUGUGAUAACAGCAACAAUAUCACCAGUAAAUUUUGUUAAAAAUUAUGUUUAUGUAUAUAUUAUAAAUGCUGUACCUACUGGAACAAAAAAUGUAUUUCUUUGGGUGAAAAACAGACAAUACUGUUCAAUUCUCAUAUCUAACAGAGAUAUUUGUAUAUAAGAAUGUUAAUGUGUAAAAAGAAAAAAUAUUUGCCCUCUUAACAAAUCUCACUAAUAUUUUUUAUAUGCACUUCAUGUAUUUUACAUAUACAGAUUUUUAAAUAUUUUAUUGUUUUGCAAAUUGUGACGCUGGGCGAAGUUUGCCUAUAAUGGUAAAAAAAGCAGGAUUCACAAUAGUCACUAACGAUGUGUAAUAUCUAAACUCGGUAACGAGCCGAAGUUUCGUGAAAGUAUUAGAGUCGGGUUUUGAUUGAAGCUAUUUCAUAUUUAGCACUAACUUUUUUGGUUCUUAUAAAAUUAUUUAAUGAAUAUUGUAAACAAGUAUAUCACAAUGUGUUUAGAAAAGUUGCAUGACUAAUUUCAAAGUGCUGUUCAAGAUUAGCAGUUAGCAUUAGCAGAACGAACGGCUGACAGCUGACUACCCCUUUUCUCCUUCUCUAGCUAUUGGAAGUAUCGAUUGAUUUUGUGGCAUGAAAUUAGUCUCAUACCCGAGUGAUAAGAUGUUACAGAUCAAUACGCUAUUAAAAAAGAUACUGAUGGUACAUAACGAUAAAACAAUUCCUUUCCAUUGGAUUUGAAUUAAUGUACAUAAAAAAAUUGCUGAAACUAAUCAGUAACUACUUUUAUUAGUCUGAAUCUCGUAAUCUUAGAAGCAGCUUUUACUUCUUAAUAAUAUUUUUUCUUUUUGAUAAAGGUGCUCAGUACUUUUGGUUACUUACAAUUUUUUUUAUGCAAGAAUUCUUACGGUUAGUCAAAACGAGGUAACAGGUAAAAGGCGAAUUUGUAUUUAUUUAAACGAUUGUUUAUUUUAUUUUAUUUUUAUAGACUACUAAUUACUCUAAUGCCUAAUUACCUUUUUUUGUAUUUUGUCCAUAACUUUUCGUUACUUUUUUAUAUACAUAUACAUUUUUUAUAGAGUAACUUUAAUUUGGCUAAUGAUUUAUGGAAAUUGACCAUGACGUGCUGAUAGGAAUUAAUAAGUUGGAAAUAGUUUUACGUUUGGUAGUUUCUAUAAAUUAUUAACCAAGAACUUAAUGUUCUUUAUACAAAUUAUGGAUAGAUAUAUGUAUAACACGGAAAUUGUAGUUUUAUCAUUUGUAAUAGGCAUCAAAAAUGUUUUAAAAGAAGACUGUACAUAUUUAGUAUGUAAAAUGAGGGCAGCUAGUGCUCGUUAGUCUUAAAAAACCGUCCAUCUUCACUAACUAGACGUUGGUGUUUAUAUUUAGUGCCCAAAUCUAAUAUAUUUCACCGUAGAUAGAACUUGUUCAAUCCUAUUUUGUAAGUUUAUACGUUUUUAUAUCUAAGUCUAAUUUAAAAUUAGAGAAUAACGACAAAAAUAGUAUUUGUUUUUUUUUUUCUUGUAGGACGUAUUAUGUCACUUACAAUUUUCUUUCGUACAAUAAAUUAAUUACUUAAA